AUGGCAGGAGACAAAUUCCCACAACGUCCAGGCCAACCAGACUGUGUCGGCUAUCUUAAAACUGCAUACUGUCCUCUGAAAAAGAAAUGCAAAUAUCAUCACCCUAAGAAUAUAACACCUUCAGAGUGUUAUGUCAAUGCCGUGGGCUUACCGCUAAGACCUGGUCAACCCAUUUGCCCGCAUUACAGUCGCUUCGGCCUCUGCCAAUCAGUUCUAGCUUGUAAAUUCGACCAUUCUUCUACCAAUGCAUCAUCCUCAGGUAGCAAAUGA